AUGCUCUACGCAGACGACAUUGUGCUCAUCGACAAAUGCGCGAACAAACUAAAUGCCACCAUCCAGCAAUGGAAACAAGCGCUUGAGGACAAUGGUCUGCGCAUCAGUCGAUCCAAGACCGAAUACCUAAAAUGCAGCUUCAGUGACCAGCCAAUUCCAAGCACAGACAUCGUCAUUGAAGGACAGCCAGUGCCUAAGGUUGAUCAGUUUAAGUACCUCGGAUCCAUGCUGACGGCAGAUGCCAACAUAGAUGCAGACGUCACCCACAGAGUAAACGCAGGAUGGUUGAGAUGGAGGACCCUAACCGGGGUACUCUGUGACAGCCGCAUACCAGUUCGGCUAAAAGGGCGCGUCUACAAAACCGCAGUACGACCGGCAUUAAUGUAUGGCUCCGAGUGCUGGGCGACCAAGAAGAAACAUGAACAGAAGAUGCACACCAAUGAAAUGAAAAUGCUGAGGUGGGUAGCGGGAGUGACGAGACUGGACAGAGUCCGAAAUGUAUAUGUACGAGGCUCUUUCAAGGUCGCUCCCAUUGCAGAAAAGAUGGCUGAAAGCCGUAUGAGAUGGUUCUGGCAUGUGAUGAGGCGUAACGAAGAGUAUGCUGUCAAAAAAGCCUUGGCCAUCCCAGACAAAACGAACAGCAAAGGGAGCCCGCUUACCACGUGGUGGACAACCGUUACCAAAGACAUGGAGCGGGCGCAGACUAACAUAUCGACAACCCAGGACAGAAAAACCUGGCGCCUUCGAACGAGGAGGGCCGACCCCAAAUAA